CGGCAAGUUGACUUCCUUUUGAAAACUGCAACGCAAGGAUUAAACAAUGGCGCCUCUAAAAGUCAAGAAGGAGAAGAGAUCUAAAAAAGCCGCCUGGCGAUUUACCCUGGAUCUCACACAUCCAGUGGAGGAUGGGAUAUUUGAUUCCGUGAAUUUCGAACAGUUCCUAAAGGAAAGAGUGAAGGUAAAUGGAAAAACAGGAAAUCUUGGGAACAUUGUUCACAUUGAACGUUUAAAGAACAAAAUAUCAGUGGUUUCAGAGAAGCAGUUUUCUAAAAGGUACCUGAAAUACCUUACAAAGAAGUAUCUCAAGAAAAACAACUUGCGUGACUGGCUACGUGUGGUUGCAUCUGACAAGGAGACCUAUGAGCUCAGAUACUUCCAGAUCAGUCAAGAUGAGGAGUCUGAAACUGAAGAAUAAAGUGGAUUUUUUUUAUCCAAUAAACAGUUAAUAAAUUUA